AGGAGGAGGAGGAGCACACACCACCGUGCAUGAGGGGGAAUUAAUUAUUUGUUCUCCAGUGGGGGGAAUUAAAUCCCAAGAUUCUACACUUGGAUGGUGUGCGAGGCAGCGCUACUCUAUUCCUUAUUCUCAAAAGAAAAAUGGGAAAUCAUAUAUGAAGUACCUCAAGGCAUGACGACUACGACACACCGACCGAGGGAACCAGAAGAGAUGACAGUAAGAGUCUCGAUCAAAGGCAUGAUGAUGAUGAUGUCUGCUGCAUUCACCCUUCACUGUACUCCCAUCCUUCCAACCUCUUCUUGCUCGUUCCACUGGGUAAAAAGCUCGAGUCUUGGGCAAGACAAAAAGCCAGCAAGGGCUUUCUCACUUUGGGCAGGGCCAUGGAGUCGCCAAUCCUGGAGUACAGCUCCGGGCCCGGUGUGUAUCGGAUCGGGUUGUUACUCCGAUGUUGGCUUCAUCAGCAAAUCACCGCUGCACACGCGCCGGGGUGGGGGCGCACCCCCUCCCCCCGCGUUCUCGGGUGUUUCUCCCAAUUAGAUGCCUGUCGUCCACCUCAGGACUCUCCCACCUAUUAAUUAAUUCCCCUACCCUCUCUCGACCAUCGUCAUCUACCCGCCCAAACCUCCAAUUUUUUAGACCGUUUCUUCCAUUUCAAUCUCUCUCUCUCGAGCUCCAUGCAACCUGCAACUCCCUCUUAGAGAGAGAGAGAGAGAGAGAGAGAGAGAGAGAUUUACCACCAAUUUACUGGUCCCAUAGCGUCCAAUUUUGUUUCGAGCGAGAGCGAGAACGAGAGAAUGAGGCUCUCGAAGGAGUUCAUGGACAGCCCCCUUGGUGAUCGCGGGGCGAAUGACCUGGAGAGCGUCGUCGUCCAAGGCGACCAUAUCCAGACGGCCGCCGCCGAUUCGGUGGUUCGCCACAAGUCAUCCGGGUCGUCGAAGAGCUUCGCGCGGACCCUCCUGUCCCAGCCGUCCAAGAUCAUGAUGAGCUUCAGGGAGUCCGUGAAGAGCCCCAGCUCCAGGAUCCAAGCCCUUAGGGAGAGGAGGAACGCCGGGAGGAUGAACCGGGUGACGUCCAGAACGCAGAUAGGCCUCGCGGGGCUCCGCUUCCUCGAUAAGACGUCCGCCGGUAACGACGGGUGGAAGGCCGUCGAUAAGCGGUUCGGUCAAUUUGCCGUCGAGGGGAGGCUUCCCAAGGAGAACUUCGGCCCCUGCAUCGGCAUGGCUGAGUCAAAGGAAUUUGCCGGGGAGAUAUUUGUUGCUUUGGCAAGGAGGAGGAACUUGGAACCAGAAAACGGUAUAACCAAAUCUGAACUGAAGGAGUUUUGGGAAGAAAUGACGGACCAAAAUUUUGAUUCUCGACUCCAGAUUUUUUUCGAAAUGUGUGACAAGAAUGGUGAUGGAAAGCUCUCAGAAGAUGAGGUGAAGGAGAUUAUCAUUCUGAGUGCCGCAGCAAACAAGCUUGCGAAGUUGAAAGCACAUGCGGCCACCUAUGCUGCUCUCAUAAUGGAGGAGCUUGACCCAGACGGUCUGGGUUACAUUGAGCUUUGGCAGCUUGAGACAUUACUUCAAGGGAUGGUUAGCUCAGACGGAGCCGAGUUAACAAAAAGUUCGCAGAGCCUUGCGAGAACAAUGAUACCGCUGAAAUACAGAAACCCAGUCACCAGAUUUUUCAGCAUGACCACAGAUUUUGUUCAUGAGAACUGGAAGAGGAUAUGGUUCAUUUCCUUUUGGUUAACAGUCAAUCUAGUCCUAGCUGGAUGGAAAUUUCUCCAGUACGAAAGGAGAGCAGCAUUCGAAGUGAUGGGCUACUGUGUCUGCAUGGCCAAGGCUGCAGCUGAGACCCUCAAAUUGAACAUGGCUCUAAUUCUCAUCCCUGUUUGUCGCAACACCCUCACGGGGCUCAGAUCAACCCGUCUCAGUUCAAUAAUCCCAUUUGAUGACAACAUCAACUUCCACAAGACCAUCGCGCUGGCAAUAACAAUCGGAACUUUAGUGCACACAAUUGCUCAUGUAACAUGUGAUUUUCCAAGGUUGAUAACAUGUCCUAGUCCGACAUUCAUGAGAACACUGGGACCUAAUUUCAACUACAAGCAACCCACUUAUGCAUCUCUAGUGGCAAGUGCCCCCGGGGCCACCGGGAUCCUCAUGAUCAUCAUCAUGGCAUUUUCUUUCACACUGGCAACACAUUCGUUUAGGAGGAAUGUCGUCAAGCUGCCAUCGCCCCUCCACCAUUUAUCUGGUUUCAACGCAUUUUGGUAUGCCCACCAUCUUCUGGCUGUCGUGUACGUCCUUCUGAUAGUACACUCAUACUUCCUUUUCCUCACCAAGGAAUGGUACAAGAAGACAACAUGGAUGUAUCUUACGAUUCCAAUCAUCUUUUAUACCUGUGAGAGAUUAAUUCGGAGGGUUCGUGAGAAAAGGUUUCAUGUGAGCAUCAUCAAGGCAGCAAUAUAUCCAGGUAAUGUCCUUUCGUUACAUAUGAAGAAACCAGCAGGUUUCAAAUACAAAAGUGGAAUGUACCUUUUCGUCAAAUGCCCGGAUGUGUCACCCUUCGAAUGGCAUCCGUUCUCAAUCACUUCUGCACCAGGAGAUGAUUAUGUGAGUGUUCACAUCCGGACGCUAGGGGACUGGACGUCUGAGCUUAGGAAUCUGUUUGGAAAGGUCUGCCAGUCUCAGGUCACUUUGAAGAAGGCUAAUCUAAAGAGACUUGAAACCACAGUUGUGGCAGAUGUUCAAUUUGAAGAUACAAGAUUUCCAGAGGUCUUCAUCGAUGGACCAUAUGGUGCACCAGCUCAAAAUUACAAGAAAUACGACAUUCUUUUGCUCAUCGGGCUAGGAAUUGGUGCAACUCCAUUUAUAAGUAUACUGAAGGAUCUCCUGAACAAUAUAAAGACCAAUGAGGAAAUGCAAAGAAUACAUAAUGCAGAUGCAUCUGACACAAAUGCAGAUGCAAGUAACACCAAAGGAAAUGGUCCAGGAAGGGCCUACUUCUAUUGGGUGACAAGGGAACAAGGAUCCUUUGAAUGGUUCAAAAGUGUCAUGAAUGAUGUUGCUGAGAGAGACUACAAUAAUGUCAUAGAGAUGCACAACUACUUGACAAGUGUGUAUGAAGAAGGCGAUGCAAGGUCAGCCCUUAUCGCAAUGGUUCAGUCACUUCAACAUGCCAAAAACGGUGUUGAUAUCGUAUCUGGAAGUCGGAUACGCACACACUUUGCAAGGCCAAACUGGAGGAAAGUGUUUACCGACUUGUCCAACACCCAUAAAGCUGCUCGAAUUGGUGUUUUCUACUGUGGACCUCCCACACUCACAAAAUCACUGAAGGAUCUUUCACAAGAAUUCAGCCAUGACACCAGCACUCGAUUCCAUUUCCACAAGGAGAACUUCUAGAGAAGAGACAAGAUAAUGUUGGUAGCCAAAACAUGGUCGUAUAGGAAAAGUUUUCGGGAACCAUUAGAAAAGUCUUGUACAGAAAUUCCAGUGUUGAUAGGAUGAAAUGUUACAACAUACACGAGAGAAAAAGAUUUAGAACAGGUGUGAAGUAGCGAGAAAUGAAUGAUUCCUUCAUCAUUUCUGACUGUCCGGAAACGAUUCAAGAACUGAGAUAUCUAUUCCAUCAGCAGAAUCAUGAAGAAAAAAAAUCUUUCUUGCCUUGGGCUUUUUUGCUCUGGCAUUUGGCUAUUUCGCUUCGCCAUUUUUCUAUAUAUAUUAUAAAGCUCGUCGUGCAAUUGCUUCCUUAUUUAGAUCAUUUGGUGAUGAUUUUUUUUGAAAUUUUUGGUUAAAUUUCAAAAGGCCUGACCGCAAUAGAUCCAAAACCAUACUAAUAUUCUCCAUUUCCUGAGUAGAUUUCUUUUUGGCCGAUACCAUUUCCUGAGCAGGUAUUAGAACCGUCCGUAGUUAUUGGGCAUAUUUAUAGCCUGCUGUUAUGGAAGACUCGAGUCGCAAGCUUGUGUGCAGUAUGCUUGGAGCAAACUCCCAGUGUGCUUUUGCAUCCUUCUCACACUCUUUACUUGAAUGUAAACUCUCAGGCUCACACCUUGACGAGGUGUCCAUAUCUCGUUGGUGGAUCAGAAACGUGAAGUAAUUCCUCCGGUUCAUGCCACUCGAGAUCUUCGAAGCUCACUCUCCAUCAAUUCGAUUCACCAUCUUUGCAGUAUAAUGCCGAUCUAUGAACAACACCUCUGGACUUUCGCUCUUCCAGCCACUCGCUACAACAGCAUCUAGGAGACGAAGAUAGCAAUGGACUCCAACAGCAGCAGGUUCUCCGGCCACCUGGGUUGCAUGCAACAAGCUCCGUUUCUUGGUAAUUGCAAUUCUUUUCCAUUAUGAUUUGCAAUCGAUCGAUGAGCCAUAACAGAUCAGGUCAUCAACAUGGUUGCAAUGGAACAGUAAGAGAGGGAGUGUGAAGAAUAAUGCUGAGAAGAGCAUAACAAAGAAACAUAAAACAAAUACAAGUUGUGGAGGAGUGUCUGUCAGCUACUCGUGGUAUCAGAAUGUGGCCGGUCAAAGAAUUUUAAUGGUCAUGAAGGCUCAACAGGUAGCCUUUACUCCAUUGCAGUCUAAUGGAGUUGCCAAGGCGUUCCUUCUGCACCCUCUUCUCUCUGUUCGACGCUGUAGAAGCACUUUAAAAUCCAGUUGAUUAACUGAGAGUCAAAGGAUGCAUGAUCUGUGAUGUCUACGUGCGACAACGACUCAGAAAAGAAAUCUACGAUUGCAAUCA